UUGGACCGCCUUGGCCAAAGUUUUGCAUUAAAGUGAACAUUUAUGAGGAUUCUGUCCGUAAAAAGCAACAAAACAAGCCUUAACAAGAAGGAUUAACACAUUUAUUAACAGUGCGGAUGUAAAUGUUACCUGGAAGACCUUGAGAUGUAUUUUGAUUAGAGUUCGAUGCUCAUUUCGUUGGAAAAUGAACCGUGGAAUUUGUCAUUGGGGUCCACUAUUUGCGUUAUCAAUUAUUUGGACUCUAUUCCUUUGUGGAUUUUAUUGUAUACUGCUAUGGUACCCUCCUUGGACUUCAGUUGCAAGCGUGAUGCACUUAGUAGUAUAUAUCUCAUGGAUGAUUCUUAUUAUGAAUUACUUUAUUAAAUCAAUAACUCUUGGACCAGGAUAUCUUCCUUUAGGAUGGAAACCGGAUGAUGACAAAGGCAAAGCACUGUUGCAGUACUGUGGUCUGUGUAAAGGUUACAAAGCACCCCGUGCACAUCACUGUAGCAAAUGUGGACGGAUGAAAGGAAUAUUAACAAACAAGACAGCGAUUGAAGGGUGGAUUGUAGAGAAGGCUGACCGGCAUCGGCCCAAUGGCGAGUUUUUUAGAUACCCAUACAAUCUUGGCUGGAAAGAAAAUUUUAAACAAGUGAUAACAUUAUGGCAAGAUUAUGUUGGCGAUGGAAUAAUGUGGCCUGUCAUUGAAGGAUGUGAUCAGUUUACUUUGACGAAGGAACAGUUGGAGCAGAAGAAAUUGAAAAGAGAAAGAACGAUUUGUUGCAGUGUAGUAAAAUCUUAUAAUGGAAGCGUUAUUGCCUGGCGAGAAGGUUUAAGAACAUGUAUAUCCACUCCAUGGACAGACGAACCUCGAAUUAAAGUGGAAACGGGAGAUGUUAUUUUGGUGACACGCUGGAGAAAGUGGUGGCUGUAUGGUGAAAAGUCUCCCCAUAGGUUAUCAGUUGUUGAAAUUACAGACGAAGCUCUGAGCAAAGAAAAAGGCUGGUUUCCUCGACAUUGUGUUGUGAGAAUAGAUGAAGAAGAGUCAGCUGCCAAGAAAGAUCAAUGAUGUGUCUGUUGCCGUUAUGUUUGUGGACAUCCAUUUCUCUUCCGUUCAGACUAGUCUUUUCCAAAUGUUGUAUAAUAAUGUUGUGUUUUUAGAAUAUUUGCCGGGUUUGUAUCAAAAUGACGUCUUUGAGUGAAUUAACCCAAAGGACAAUCCGUUGUUGAUGUCUCUUUCAUUUUUUUUUUUUUUUUUUAAUUUUUAAUUUUUAUUUAAAAGCCCAUGCCUCUUGUAGCGCCCUGCACUGUAGGGGGCCUGUGUCGGUUUUUCGUGUCAAGUUUACCAUGAUUUCGCUAUUGGAUCUCACUAUUAAAAAACCGAAUUUACUGUAA